AUGGGACGUUGGGAUAGCGAGUUGAUUGCCCUUCUACCAGCCUCUGUGAAACUCUUCGCGUCAGCAGGUGCUGGAUAUGACUGGGUAGACGUUGACAUUUUGGCGAAAUCUGGCAUCAUUUACUGCAAUGGAGCAACGGCAUCGUCCGAAGCAGUGGCUGACAUGGCUGUAUACCAUAUCAUCUCGGUCUUCCGAAACAUGCAAUGGACGAACACAGCGGGGCGGAGCGGCGACCCGGCGAUGUUCCUGGAUGCGCACAGAAACAACAGCGAGACGGCACAUAAUCCAAAAGGACACACGCUUGGUAUCAUUGGGCUCGGCAACAUUGGUUAUCGGAUAGCCCAGAAGGCUUUUGCGGCUUUCGGCAUGAAAAUCGCAUACGCCGACCCUAUCCCCAAGCCAGCGAAACUAGAGGCAGCCAUAGGCGCUACGCGCUACGCUGACCUUGACGCACUGCUGGCCGUAUCGGACUGUGUGGUGAUAUCUGCCCCAGGGAGUGCAGAGGGUGGCAAAGCUCUCAUAGACUCAGCGCGCCUGGCAAGGAUGAAAAAGGGUUCACGUCUGGUGAAUGUCGGCCGUGGUAACUUGGUGGACGGGGAUGCCCUGGCAGAUGCCCUGGAAUCAGGUCACCUUGUGGCUGCGGGCUUGGAUGUGCACGAGAAUGAGCCCUACGUCAACCCACGCCUACUGGCUCUACGAGACAAAAUUCCGACCCGGGCCCGAGAGCCAUGGCAUAUGGCCGAAGAAGUGCACCGACGAAGCGAAAGGGACGAAGAAUCAGGGGAGAAGCCCAGGAGGCUCGGGGUCAGCCGGCAGAACCUGACUGUCAAAGGCACCAGCAGCAACGCCACCUUCAACGAGAACGUCGUCUCUCAAUUCUACCCUUUUCAUAAGGACGGCAAAUCGAGACCCCUUAAGACAAUCAUCGACAACUCGUCCGGUUGUGUCAAGACAGGAGAGAUGCUACUUGUUCUCGGGCGCCCUGGCUCUGGCUGCACGACACUGCUGAGCGUGCUUUCCAACAACCGGCUCGGCUCCGAAGAAAUCACGGGAAAUGUGUCCUUCGGCACCAUGACAGCAGAAGAGGCGAAGAUUUACCGUGGCCAGAUUAUCAUGAACACCGAAGAGGAGAUUUCCUAUCCGACAUUGACCUUUGAGGAUACAAUCAACUUUGCCGCCCGCAACAAGAUUCCCCAUCACCUGCCGCCUGCGAGGCAGCAAUACGUCCAAGAUAACAAGGAUUUCUUGCUUCGGCUAGCUGGUAUUUCCCAUACGAACCAUAUGAAAGUGGGAGACGCCUUCACUCGGGGUGUCUCAGGAGGGGGAAGGAAGCGCGUCUCUAUCCUCGAAUGCCUCACCACACGGGCCAGCGUCUUCUGCUGGGACAACUCCACCAGGGGCUUGGAUGCCAGCACCGCUUUGGAGUGGAUCAAAGCCAUGAGAGUGAUGACGGAUAUGCUCGGGCUUACCACCAUUGUUACUCUCUAUCAGGCAGGCAACGGUAUUUACGAGCACUUUGACAUAGUCCUCGUCCUGGACGAGGGCAAGCAGAUCUACUAUGGUCCUCGGCAGGAUGCGGUACCUUUCAUGGAAAGCCUCGGCUUCCUGCGAGAGUCGGGGUCGAACUCGGCGGACUUUCUGACCGGCGUCACGGUGCCCACCGAGCGCCGGAUCGCCACUGGAUUCGAGCAGUCCUUUCCCCGCACCGCGGAUGAGGUGCUUGCUGCUUAUGAUCGAUCGCCCAUCAAGCCUAAGAUGCUCGAGGAGUGCCUUGCUUACCCGUCAAGCCAGGAGGCUGUCGACAACACGGCCUUGUUUCGAGAAUCAGUCGCUCACGAGAAACAUAACGAUGUCUCUGCAUCCUCGCCAGUGACUGCUAAUUUCCCAACUCAGGUUUGGUCGGCCAUCAUCAGGCAGUACCAAAUCAUGCUCGGUGAUAAGGCGACACUCAUUCUGCAGCAGGCAGCCACUUUGACCCAAUCUCUCAUCAGUGCCUCGCUCUUUUACGCUGCACCCGACAACUCCGCUGGCCUCUUCAUCAAAGGAGGCACUCCCUUCUUCUCCAUCCUGUAUCACGCCUAG